UUCCAAAACAAAUAUGGCUUCCCUGGCUGUAAGAGCCUGGUGUGCCAGAAGUUUUCUUCCCAGGCUUAUUUCUAGCCGAACUUACUCCGAGAGAGGUGAUGGUCUGACUGAAGUUGACUGGACUGAGGAGAAGAAUGUCAUCACUCCAGCUGAGGAGGCUGAAUUACGUAUUCUUGUGAAAGAGACUACGGACAUAUCACCUAUGACAGGUGUACCAGAAGAACACAUUACUACAAGGCAUGUCAGGAUAUUCAGUCCAGCUAGAAAUGCAAUGCAGUCAGGUACUUUCAAUACCCAUCGUUGGAGGAUAGAAUUUGACAACAGGGAGAGGUGGGAAAAUCCAUGCAUGGGAUGGGUGUCAACAGCGGAUCCUCUGUCAAAUGUCAACGUAGAUUUCACAAGUGCAGAAGAUGCUGCUACUUUCUGUGAGAAAAAUGGUUGGUCAUACUCUAUAGAACAGAGGCAAGUUCCUACCUUUAAGCUUAAAUCAUAUGGAGCUAAUUUUAGCUGGAAUAAGAAAACAAGGGUAUCAACAAAGUAGAACUUAUUAAAUUGUAUUUGACUGGUUUUGUGAAAAUGGGAGUUAACGGUCAACACAAUAGAAGAAUGACUUCCUCUCUUCUCUGAGUGUUUGUAAAUAAAGUUGACAAGAUAUUCACCAUUUA